UGAAUUGCUAUGAGACAUGCAAGAUGUUUUGCUGAUUGAGUCUGGCCUAAUUCAGUUCUGCCUUUUUUCUCCUCAACAGAAAACAAUAACCGGAGGCAGCAAAUGUCCAACAGCAGCUCCAUGCCCCAGUUCCUCCUCCUGGCAUUCGCAGACAGGCGGGAGCUGCAGCUCCUGCACUUCUGGCUCUUCCUGGCCAUCUCCCUGGCUGCCCUCCUGGCCAACGGCCUCAUCCUCAGCACCAUAGCCUGUGACCACCACCUGCACACCCCCAGGUACUUCUUCCUGCUCAACCUCUCCCUCACAGACCUGGGCUGCAUCUGCACCACUGUCCCCAAAGCCAUGCACAAUUCCCUCUGGAACACCGGAACCAUCACCUACACAGGAUGUGCUGCACAGGUCUUUUUCUUUGCCUUCUUCAUCUCAGCAGAGUUUUCCCUCCUGACCAUCAUGUGCUACGACCGCUACGUUGCCAUCUGCAAACCCCUGCACUACGGGACCCUCCUGGGCAGCAGAGCUUGUGCCCACAUGGCAGCAGCUGCCUGGGCCACUGGCUUUCUCACUGCUCUGCUGCACACAGCCAAUACAUUUUCCCUGCCCCUGUGCCAGGGCAAUGCCCUGGGCCAGUUCUUCUGUGAAAUCCCACACAUCCUCAAGCUCUCCUGCUCACACUCAGGCUACCUCAGGGAAAUUGGGCUCAUUCGGGUUACUGCCUGUCUAAUAUUUGGUGGUUUUGUUUUCUUUGUUUUCUCCUAUGUGCAGAUCUUCAGGGCUGUGCUGAGGAUCCCCUCUCAGCAGGGACGGCACAAAGCCUUUUCCACCUGCCUCCCUCACCUGGCUGUGGUCUCCCUGUUUAUCAGCACUUUAUUCUUUGCCCACCUGAAGCCCCCUUCCAUCUCCUCCCCAUCCCUAGAUCUUAUUGUGUCACUCAUGUAUUCAGUGGUGUCUCCAACACUGAACCCCCUCAUCUACAGCCUGAGGAACCAGGAGCUCAAGGAUGCCCUGAGGAAACUCAUAACUGGGUGUUUUUCAGAAGAAAUAAACUCUCCUUCUUCUGCUUGUUAUGUACCUCAUUAA